AUGAAGGUCUCUGCAGCUGCCCUCUUUCUCCUCAUCCUCAUCCUCACCAUGACUUCUGCUUUUCACAGCCAAACAAAAAUUCCUGAGUCGGUGAAUCUUCCACGCACCUGCUGCAUGACGUAUCAUGAGAAAAUAAUACCAAGGAAACUGGUGGUGGGACACAGAAAGGCCCUCAGCUGUUACCUGCCAGCAAUCAUCUUCAUCACCAAAAAGAAUCGAGAGAUCUGCGCCAAUCCCAAUGAAAAAUGGGUCCAAGAUUACAUCAAUGAUUCCAAUCUGCCUUUGCUACCCGCCAGGAACAUGGCCCGGGUUAAAUCCAUUAGAUCAUAG